CAUCGUCGUCAUCUAGUGUGGUGCCUGCAUGCCCACUCUGUCACCUCUCACUUCGUCGAAAUUCAUAUUGUCGUCGGCUGUUCUCCGAAAAUAGAGUAGCUCUAGGUGAUGUCCUCUCUCCAAGCAGUUUCAAUUUCCCGUUCUGCGGCGUGUCCCGCUAGCAGCCGCCGCAGUGUACACUUCCGAACGCACCGGCCUGACGCCAUCGCGCCUACCAACAAAAAAAAUAUUUAAAAAGUUACGCUGACCGCGCUCGCGAUAUAACUGGAAAGCCGAUAGAUUUUUUUUAUUUAAAAGAGAAGAACUAUCUUUUUAAUAAUAAACAUAAAUGAUCAGGUGAACUGUGCUACUUUCGAAGUGUUGUGAUUUAUUAUUUUAACGGUUCCCGUGUUUAAUAUGGCACGACAUUCGCUAAUAUUUUUGAUGUUAUGCCUGAGCCGGUGCGCGCUGCCCGAGCCGACGGCAUCACCGACCGAGGCGCCGCCGGAGCCGCGCGAGGAGGCGCCGGCCGAGGACGAGCCGCCCGAGGGGUACUACGCCUUCGUCGAGUCCCCCAACGCCACGCCGCCCAGAGUGCGUCCGCCGCCGUACCGGCAGGUGGCGUCGCCGUGCGCGGAGGCAGAGGCCAGCAAGCCGCACGUGUCGGCCGCCAAUCUGUGCGGCGACCUCAACCGCGGCCUCAUCCCGCGCAACCCCAUGGGGCAGAACCCCAACGGAGAGCCCUACCCCUUCGAGCUGAUCCGCAACCAGACGCUGCGCUUCCUGUCGCGCACGCUGCCCGUGCUGCGCGCCGACGACACGCUCCCGCGCGUCGCGCACCUGCCGGCACCGCCCGCGUCACAGCCCGCUGCAGAACUGCACCACAACCGGCUGGAGGAGCGCAGUCGCCGCUCGCUGGAGGACAGCGAAGUGCCCUCACACGCGCUGCGCGCCGAGCACCGCGGCAUUGACGGCGGUGCUGACAUCGACACACCGCGGGAGAGUCGCAAGUUCUGCGACAACGGCGGAGUAUUCUGCAUGCUGUACCGCGCAAUCAACGGCGACAGCGAGUCGAGCGCGGGCGUGGAGCGGCGCGAGGACCCCGGGCCGCAGCCGCACGCCGGCGCCGCCGCGCACGCGCCGCAUCACCGCUACGAGGGCCCGCCCACGCCGUGCCCGGCGCGCGUGGAGUACGCGACGCCGGUGUUCGCGCGCAACUACCAGGGCGUGUGGCGCUACGUCGUGCAGAUACCCUACGAGGGGUACUUCACGCAGACCGUCGAGGUCACCAGAUGCAUGCAGUCGCGCUGCCACUACCUGGACGGCGGCUGCCUGAGCUCGCCGCGUUGGGUGUCGCUGCUGGUGGCCGAGCUGCACUACCCGCCCACCCAGAACAAACACGUGCAGGACUAUGAGCAGUACCUACAGAACCGCGCCGGGCAGCAGCCGGAGCCGGAGACCAGCACCGACAAGCCGCCACACUGCGACGGACACGACGAGAUGGGCUGCUACCAGGUCCGUCUGUACUACGACUGGUUCCUGGUGCCCGGCUCCUGCAAGUGCUGGCGACCCGACUACUUCGCGCGCUACGUGCGACGUCGCCAGAACAACGAACUGUAAGCCACACACACUCACACACAUACACAAUGCACGCAUUAAUGCUCAAUUAUUAUAACAAACGCACACUCAUUGCCAAUUUUGUGGA